AUGAGUGUUUUAGUUACAGGUGCCACAGGUUACAUUGCCCAACACAUCAUUACAGAUUUAUUGGAACAAAACUAUAAAGUUAUUGGUACUGUUAGAUCAGAAUCUAAGGGUGAUAACUUGGUGAAGUUGUUUAAUUCAAACAAUUUUACUUACGAGGUUGUCCCUGAUAUUUCUGUUGAAGGUGCUUUUGAUAAGGUUUUAGAAAAAAAUGCCAAGGAUAUUAAAUAUGUCUUACAUACUGCCUCUCCAGUUGUUUUCGAAGUAGAAGACUUGCUAAGAGAUAUUGUUGAUCCUGCUGUCUAUGGUACCAAAGGAAUAUUGAAUAGUAUUAAAAAGUACGGUAGCAAGACUGUGGAAAGAGUUGUAAUCACCUCUUCCGUAGCUGCUAUUGAACACCCAGAUGGUAUUUCAAGAGAUGGUAAGACAAUAACUGAAAAAGAUUGGUGCCCUUUAACUUUAGAAGAUGCUAAAUUAAAUAGUGUUAAUGCCUAUUUUGUUUCCAAAACUCUUGCUGAAAGAGCUGCUUGGGAAUUUUAUGAAGAAAACAAGAAAUCCGGUGAUAUCAUUUUCAAAUUAGCUACUGUUAAUCCAGCUUAUGUAUUUGGUCCACAAACUUUCGAUACUUCAAUUACAGGUCAAUUGAAUUUUUCUUGUGAAAUCGUUAAUAAAGUUCUUCAAUUGAAGCCUACAGAUAAAGUGAAUACUAAUAUUACUGGUAGAUUCAUUGAUGUCCGUGAUGUUUCUAAGGCUCAUUUAUUAGCCUUUCAAAAGGAAAACACUAUUGAAAAAAGAUUAGUUGUCUCCAGUGAAUUAUUUGGUGAUCAAGAGAUGGUUAAUAUUUUGAACGAAAAAUUCCCUACAUUGAGGGGCAAAAUCCCACCAGUUGGUAAGAGUGAUGAACUAGCUGCAAAUAAUCUUCAAGGACUAAUUGAUAUGUCAGAAACCAGAAAGAUUUUGGGCUUCGAAUAUAUUUCUUUGGACAAGAGUGUGUAUGAUACUGCUGCUCAAAUAUUGAAGGCUGAAGGUAAGAUCUAG